AUGGAAGAUCGCUUGACCCUCCAUCAGCUCGAUCUCGCGGACAACGAGACAAAGCUUGAAUUAUGCCGUCGUAACUUCGGCAGUGCAGACAUGGAUCUCGCUGUCUGCCGCAGCCAACUUUACCGCCUCGGCUAUAACUUUCAGACAAGAACCACUCCCACUCCACUUGGCGAUGAUGAGACGGCGCGAGUCGCACUGUUGUUGAGCAUCGCGAAUGACUUGAUAUUCAUGAGAACGACUCACUUGCACACUCUUCACAACUUUGGCAGGAUGAACAAGGAUAUCAGAUGGGAUAUCAUGAAACUCGAAGAAACGAUGGUCGAUUACAAGGCAAUGAUUGAGGAGGCAGAAAAGGAGCGGAAGGAGAACGAAGGAUCCGCCGCCGCAGCCGCUGCUGCUGCCGCCGAGGAAGGCACCUCUUCGGCCUUGACAGAUUAA